UAUUAGUCGCCUCGGCUAAAACCUGUUCGUCAUAUAUGUACGACAGUACAGAUAUUUGAGAAAGUAACGUUAUGUUGGGAUGUAGUACGGAGUAAUAAAUGACAUUCAGUGGCAUCUUAAGACUUUAUCAUCUUUGAACCUGCAUCAGAACUACAGCAGCGGCUCUGGUUAAUGGGAUCGGUGCCCGGUGCUUUAUUAGUCCAGCGGCAUGAAUCAUGGGUAUGGUAAUAGACGUGGUCAGAGAGGAGGGGGUCGGCGUUUCGGAGAUGGAGGUUCCAGAUGGGAUGGAGGGGCUGGAUCCAGUGGAGGAUACACGAGGAGCUCCGAGUGGGACUCAAGGGAAGAGCGGGGACAUGGAGGGGAACGAAGAGGAGGAGGAGGAGGAGGAGGAGGAGGAGGAGGAAGAGGCAAACAUCCACCCCAUUUGAAGGGUCGAGAAAUAGGACUGUGGUAUGCCAAGUAUGGAGGAAUUAAAAGAUCUGAGGCAGAGAGGAAAUCUAGGGCUGUUGUUCAGAUGGAUGAACAACGAGAGCAGCACAUUACACAGCUGCUGAACUCUGUCCAGAGAGAUGCAGACAGAGACGCGCACCCCUCCACAUCUCAGAGCUGGAGGGGGAAGGAGGAGCCCAGUGGCCACAGUUACUUUGAUGGAGAUGAUCCUCCAGAACCUCAGAACAUUGUAAAAGUGCCAAAAAUUGAGCCUAAAGAGGAGAAACAGGAGAAUGAGGAUGAGUUGGGAGCAAGUGUGAAAGAGGAACUUGAUGACACUGACCUUGAGUACUUAUUCCAAGAUGUUGUGCGGAUACCCUCCCUGGAUGAGGAGCUCAAGAAAGAUCUGCAGAAGAAAAAAGAUAAUGCUAGAUACCUUGAUAUGCUGAAAUUCAGAGAGAAGCUGCCUUCCUAUGGGAUGAGAGAGGAGCUGGUUAGGCUAAUCAAUGCUAACCAGGUACUGGUAAUCAGUGGAGAGACUGGCUGUGGGAAGACCACCCAGGUUACUCAGUUCAUCCUUGAUGACUUCAUUGAGAGGGGCAUGGGCUCUCUCUGCAGGGUGGUUUGCACACAGCCAAGGCGUAUCAGCGCCAUAUCUGUUGCAGAGAGGGUGGCUGCAGAACGGGCAGAGUCGGUGGGAGACGGGAAGUCCUCUGGGUAUCAGAUCCGUCUGCAGUGGUACUCAGACAGCACCACCGAUGCGCUGGAGAUGAUGGAUGAUGAUGACAAGAUCAACCUGCAGCUUAUCGUAGCAUUGAUCAGACACAUCGUGAUGAAAGAGGAUGCACUGUCUCAAAAGGCAUCAUCAGCCCUUGUGGUUAUCCUCCAAGUCACGCUUUGGGUUUUGUUUCUGCCUGGAUGGGACAACAUCAGCACCCUGAAUGAUUUGCUCACGGCUGACCAGAUUUUUAAGUCAGAUCGGUUUAUCAUCAUCCCGCUCCACUCUUUGAUGCCCACAGUGUCUCAGACUCAGGUGUUCAAAAAGCCACCCCCGGGAGUGCGCAAGAUUGUCAUCGCUACCAACAUCGCAGAAACCAGUAUCACAAUAGAUGAUGUCGUGUAUGUGAUAGAUGGAGGGAAGAUAAAAGAAACUCAUUUUGACACUCAGAACAAUAUCAGGACCAUGACAGCAGAGUGGGUGAGCUUAGCCAAUGCCAAACAGAGGAAGGGCCGUGCUGGCAGAGUGUCUCCUGGGAAAUGCUAUCACCUGUAUAAUGGACUGAGGGCCAGCCUUCUGGAUAACUACCAGUUACCUGAGAUCCAACGCACUCCACUGGAAGAGCUUUGCUUGCAAAUAAAGAUACUGAAGUUGGGACCAAUUGCAUCUUUCCUGCGAAAAACCAUGGACCCCCCGGCAGACAAAGCGAUCGAGCUGGCCAUCACACACCUGGUGGACCUGAAUGCCCUGGACCGGAAUGAAGAGUUAACUCCAUUAGGAUUUCAUCUCGCCCGCAUGCCUGUAGAGCCUCACAUAGGAAAAAUGAUUCUGUUCGGGGCUCUUCUGGGCUGUUUGGACCCUGUGCUUACCAUUGCGGCCAGCCUUGGCUUUAAAGAUCCCUUCUUCAUACCACUGGGAAAGGAGAAGAUUGCGGACCAGAGGAGGAAAAUCCUCUCCCUAAACUCUAGAAGUGAUCAUCUCACUAUUGUCAAUGCAUUUUGGGGCUGGGAGGAUGCUAAGAAAAAAGGCAGCAGGUUUGAGAAGGAAUACUGCUGGGAUAAUUUCCUUUCUGCCAACACGCUACAGAUGCUUCAAAAUAUGAAGGGUCAGUUUGCAGAGCAUCUUUUGGCAGCUGGCUUUGUGAAUAGUAAGGACCCUAAAGAUCCCAGCUCUAACGUCAACUCGGAGAAUGAGAAGCUGAUUAAGGCUGUGAUUGUAGCAGGUUUGUACCCUAAAGUGGCCAAGAUUCGCCCCAACCAUAGUAAGAAGAGACCAAUGCCAGUGAAGGUUUACACUAAGGCUGAUGGGAAAGUUUGUAUCCACCCUAAAUCUGUCAACGCAGAGGAAACUCAGUUCCACUACACAUGGCUCAUUUAUCACCUGAAGAUGAAGACCACCAGUGUACGUACAUUUUUAAUAUGCCCCAAAGUGAGGUUGUCAACUUUAGCUAACAAAAUUGUCCCCAAUAAACUCACACACACACACACACUUAUGCAGUGUUCAUUCACUCAUUUCAAAGGGAAGGACUACUGUAUAUAAUUUUGUUGAAGAGCGAGAGAGGACGUGUGUUUGCAAAUUAAUGCUGCAUCUAGUUUAAGUCCAUCUUUUAUUCAGUUUCUGUGUGCCUUUUAACCGACACCCUCUCAAAAGAGAUCAAAGCUCCUUACUGAAUCGAGGAGUACCAUUUCUGGCAUCUCUCUACUUGCUCAAUGAGUCUCACACACGCACAGGUACAGUAAUGCCUGUGGCUGUUUUUGCCAGAAAAAGGAAUGAAACAACAUUAACUUUGGCACUGUUCUGUCACAUUGAUGCAGAUUGAGCAGUCCUGUUCUGUGCACCAGUGUCCGUAGGGUGAGACUUUAGCAUGUUUGUCUUGUCCUUUUCUGAGAAAGUGUAGAGACGAAUGUUAGAAAUAGAGAUUGAGACAUCAACCUGUGCUAACACUAUAGUCAAUACCAUAUAUAGUCAUCUUUGGUUCUUUUCAAAUUAUAACAAUUUGUACUAUUAUUU